AUGGAGCAACAGCCUUCCUCAGUGAAACCAAUCGCUAUGCUGAAAGAUGAGCUCGACAUCGUGAUCCCAACGGUCCGUGACCUGGACUUCUUGGAGAUGUGGAGGCCAUUCUUUGAGCAGUACCAUCUGAUCAUCGUUCAAGACGGUGAUCCUUCCAAGACCAUCAAGGUCCCAGAAGGAUUUGACUAUGAGAUGUACAACAGGAACGACAUCAACCGAAUCUUGGGUGACAAGGCCUCUUGCAUUUCCUUCCAAGACUCUGGUUGCCGUUGCUUCGGUUUCUUGGUCUCCAAGAAGAAGUACAUCUACACCAUUGAUGAUGAUUGCUUCGUUGCAAAGGAUCCAUCUGGAAAAGAGAUCAAUGCGGUUGAGCAGCAUAUCAAGAACCUCAUAUCUCCAUCAACUCCACAUUACUUUAACACACUUUAUGAUCCAUUCAGAGAUGGGGCCGACUUUACUCGUGGAAACCCUUUUGGUAUGCACGACGCUGAAUUUACUCAUGGAAACCCUUUCAGUAUGCGCGAGGGUGCUAAAACUGUGGUCUCUCAUGGCCUCUGGCUCAACUUCCCUGAUUAUGAUGCUCCCACUCAGAUUGUGAAGCCACUUGAGAGAAAUAACAGGUACGUUGAUGCAGUCAUGACCAUCCCCAAGGGAACUCUUUUCUCUAUGUGCGGCAUGAACCUCGCUUUUGACCGUGAGCUCAUUGGCCCGGCUAUGUACUUUGGGCUUAUGGGAGAUGGGCAACCAAUCACAGGUUAUGACGACAUGUGGGCUGGUUGGUGUAUGAAGGUGAUAUGUGACCACAUGGGAUGGGGAGUGAAGACGGGUCUGCCUUACAUAGACCACAAAAAAGCUAGCAACCGAUUUGAGAAUCUGAAGAAGAAGUUCAAUGGAAUAUUCUGGCAGGAACAGGCAGUACCUUUCUUUCAAUCAGUGACACUACCCAAAGAAUGCACUACGGUGCAGCAAUGCUACCUUGAGCUAUCUAAGCUCGUGAAGAAGAAGCUUGGAACAGUGGAUCCUUACUUCAUCAAGCUUGCAGAUGGGAUGGUCACUUGGACGGAAGCUUGGGAGGAGCUUAACACCACCCCAAAGGGAAACUAA